UACAAGUGCCCCGAGUGCCCCAAGGCCUUCAAACGUUCCUCCCUCCUCCAGAUCCACCAGCGGGUCCACACGGGCUUGAGGGCCUUCGAGUGCCCUCAGUGUGGCUUGACCUUCAAGUGGGCUUCUCACUACCAGUACCACCUCCGCCAGCACACGGGGGAGAGACCCUACGCCUGCCCAGAUUGUCCCAAAACCUUCAAGAACACCUCGUGCCUCCGGCGCCACCGGCAGCUCCACACGGGGGAGCGGCCCCACGUCUGCCAGGUCUGCUCCAAAACCUUCUCCCAGGCCACCAACCUCAGGCAGCACCAACGGGUCCACACUGGGGAGCGACCAAGGACCUAUUCGCCCACCCGACCCCACCGCUGUCCCCUCUGCUCCAAGGCCUUUGUCAUGGCCUCCUACCUCCAGCGCCACCUCCGCACCCAUGGGACCCCCCAACCCCUCCCCCAGGUGGCCCCUCCACCACCUCCUCAGACCUUCUUGCUUCUCCAGACCCCCCAGGGCCUUCAGCUCAUCCCCAGCCCCUCCAAGAAGCUCCUCUUGAUGCCCACCAACGAGCCCACCACCCUCACCCUCCUGCCCACCGAAAGUCCCCCAGCUCAGGUGGGGAAGGGUCCCCAAGGAUCAGGACCUUCUGGGGGUGGGCAGAGUGUCCUGGUGGUCCCCAACCCAGGGCAGGUCCUGCCCGGGGUUCAACUCCAGGCGGUGGCCCCAGCAGGGACCAGUGUCCUCAUCCUGAGGGGUGGCCUCAGUGGGGUCCUGCCCCCGGGGAGGUCACAGCCCCCCAAGGUGACAAAUGUCCAGCUCCAAGCCACCGAGGUGGCCAAUGUCCAGCUCCAGGCCCUGCCACAGCCCUUGGAGGUCACCAACGUCCAGCUCCAGGCUGCUGAGGUGACCAACGUCCCUCUCCAAGCUCUGCCACAACCCUCCAAGGUCACCAACAUCCAGCUCCAGGCUGCUGAGGUGCCGAAUCUCCAGCUGCAACCUCCUGAAGUGACAAAUCUCCAGCUCCAGGCUCUGCCACCACCCUCCAAGGUCACCAACAUCCAGCUCCAGGCUGCUGAGGUGACCAACGUCCCUCUCCAAGCUCUGCCACAACCCUUGGAUGUCACCAACAUCCAGCUCCAGGCUGCUGAGGGGACGAAUCUCCAGCUCCAAGCCCUGCCACAGCCCUUGGGUGUCACCAACCUCCAGCUCCAAGCUCUGCCACAACCCCUGGGUGUCACCAAUGUCCAGCUCCAACCUGCUGAGGUGACAAAUGUCCAGCUCCAAGCCCUGCCACAGCCCUCAGAGGUCCCCAGUGUCCAUCUUGAGGCCACCGAGGUGCCUGAGGUCCAACUCCAGGCCGUGGAGGUGCCCAACAUCCAGCUGGAGACCACAGAGGUGCCCAGUGUCCAUCUUGAAACGACUGAGGUCCCCAACAUCCAUCUCCAGGCCACCGAGGUGCCCAGUGUCCCUCACCAAACCACCGAGCUGCCCAGUGUCCAUUUCCAAGUCACAGAGCUGCCCAGUGUCCCUCUGCACCCCGCAGAGGUGACCUCCAAGGUGCCCAGUGUCCACCACCAGCUGGUGGAGCUGCCCAGCAUCCACCUCAGCAUCACGGAGGUGCCCGACAUCCAGCUGAAGACCAUGGAGGUGGCAGAUGUCCAGCUCCAAGCCACGGAGGUGUCCAGUGCCUGUCACCAAGUGGUGGAGGUGCCCAGUGUCCACCAGAAGCCCCUGGAGGUGCCCAGUGUCCAACUCAAGACCCUGGAGGUGCCCAGUGUCCAACUCAAGACCCUGGAGGUGCCCAGUGUCCAACUCAAGACCCUGGAGGUGCCCAGUGUCCACCAGAAGCCCCCAGGGGUGCCCAACACCCAACUCAGGACCUUGGAGGUGCCCAGUGUCCAACUCAGAACCACAGAAGAGAUGCCCAAUGUCCAACUCAAGACCUUGGAGGUGCCCAAUGUCCAAUUCAGGACCUCAGAGGAAGUUCCCAAUGUCCAACUUAAGACCUUGGAGGUGCCCACCAUCCAGCUGAAGCCCCCAGAGGUGCCCAACACCCAACUCAAGACCCUUGAGGUGCCCAAUGUCCAACUCAAGGCCACAGAGGAGGUGCCCACCACCCACCUGAAGCCCCCCGAGGUGCCCACCACCCAACUCAAGACCUUGGAGCUCCACCAAAACCCCCUGGAGAUGCCCAACCG